UGUCGUGUUCCCACCAGUCCGCUCGGUAGAGCCGCGCUAGCUACACGCCUGUGAUAUACCUAGUCCUACCCGACGGCAGAAUGACAAGUAAAUAGUGUUACCCUACCCCCGCUUGCUUGGAUUUGUGUGUUUAUGCGACGCUAUACGUAAAGAAAUAGAAGAAAAUGGAGCAGUUUGAAUCGCUGCUAACAUGCUGUGUCUGUCUGGACCGGUACAGGAAUCCAAAACUGCUACCAUGCCAGCACAGCUUCUGCAUGGAACCAUGCAUGGACGGACUUGUCGACUACGUUAGACGACAAGUCAAAUGUCCAGAAUGUCGUGCAGAACAUCGAAUACCCUACCAGGGUGUUCAAGGGUUUCCUACAAAUGUUACCCUUCAACGUUUCCUGGAGCUCCACGCCCAAAUCGCCGGGGAACUACCAGACCCUACGGCAGGGCAGGUUAUGGAAAGAUGUAAUGUUUGCUCAGAAAAGGCAUACUGUGCCCCUUGCGCUCAUUGUGAUAAAAAAGUAUGUGAAGACUGCAAAUCUGCACAUAUGGAAGUAUUGCGAAGGGAAAUAGCUAGGAUUAACAAUCAAAUUCGUCGUGGUGUCAAUAGACUUCAAGAUAUAUUAGGUGUAGUUGAACGAAAUACAGCAAACUUACAAACCAAUUGCGGAGCAGUUGCUGGGGAAAUUGAUGAAAUACACAAACGGCUAUCUAAAGCUUUAAAGGAUAGAACUGAUUUUCUAAGAAAUGAAGUUGAUAGGUACUUAGCUACGGAACUUAGAAACUUAACACAUCUUAAAGAUAAUUUAGAAUUAGAAUUAAGUAAUAUACAGAGUAAUUGCGACCUCGCAGAUAAAUACAUGAAUGAUGAUGUUGAAUGGGAAGAUACUGAGCUAGUUGAUACCAAAGAAAUUUUCUUAAAAACAGUAGAAUUUCUCAGAAACUUCGAUUAUGAAGCCGGAGAUUAUAACCGCAGAAUACGGUUUAUCAUGACACAUGAUCCUAAUCAACUUGUAAUGCAUGUGGCUACAUACGGAGAACUUAAUAUUGCUCAUCCUAAUGUAUAUACUGGAAGUCUCCAGCCAUCUACAGGGUUAACAAGAUCUAAAAGCGACCACCGCUUAGCUACGCAAUUCCGUCAACAAGAAGAAGCUAAAGGGUACACUGAAAACGAUGAACCAAUUUUGGGGGGUCGAAAAUUCGGUGAGCGACGACCACCGCCACCAGAAAAACAUACGAGAGACUACGGAGUUACGGAUGACUAUAGUGGUUAUGAAUCAGAACAUCAUAGGCCAUCCCGAAGAUUCCGUUCUCGCUUUGUUAAAAGUCAUCAACAAGAUGACUCAGACACAGAGCAGUCUACACGUGCAGUGAAAGCAGAACAAAAAGAAAAAGAGAAGGAAAAAGUUGCUGACACUGAAGAUGCAACGCGAGGGCCUCUAAGUGGAAUUUUCAGGUUGAGUGACUGUCCUCGAGUCAUGCAGAGGAUAUUAGAUGUGGACAGUGGUAAAAAAAAGGAAAAGAAAGAACCUCCACCACCUCCAAAACCUGUUCAACCCGCACCUCAGCCUCAGCGCCGAGCACCUCCAGCAAGACAACAAAGUGAAGACGACGAAAUUACGAGGUUAAAAAGGCAAAAUAAAGGCGCCGCUUCUUCCGCUCAAGAACCUGACCGUGCUCCUCAACGUGCCGCAGAAGAAGAAAGACCUUCUGUGACCCGUAAACCACCUACACCUGCUCGUGAGGCAUCCAGCGAUGGUGAAUCCGAUGAUGAGUCUGUUGCGUCUUUGCAACGCAACCAACGCAAAAAUACGGCACCAGCACCAAAGCCAACUGUAAAUAGACGACCAUCCGCCUCGGACACUUCUAGCAUUCAUCGCCCGGCGGCCCGUGCUGCGAGCACUGAAUCUAGUGCUUCAACAGAAAGUUCCGGCUCGGCGGUGAAACAUACAGGUGCAAUACUUACUAUUGCAGAAUUGAAAGCGAAAUACAGUGUAGAUGGACUUCCACCAAAACCGACUCCUCGUUUUUUGUCCGCAGGCAGUGAAAGACCUACCCCGGUGACGACGAAUGGAACAGUCGGCGGCGCACAAAGGGUUCAAAGUCGGUUUGUUGGAUCACAGCGGCCGACACCCGCACCGGCGCCCGCCGAGCCGGCCCACGACGACUCCGAUACGAGCUCUGAAGAGGAGACUGACUCCUCCGAGGAGAGCGAAGAUGAGCCAACACAGAGGAAGACCGAGAGUCAGGCGAUGGCCCGAAGUGAUAUUGGACCACUAUUAGCGCGCAGUAACAACGCACGGAAUGAUGCUCACGACUCCAAAAACAAAGACACAUCAAAUACACCUAAAACACGAACUCGUCAACAGUCUCAAACCGAAGAAGAGCCAUCGUCACGCUAUGGCGCUUCUGGGGGCAGCGCGUACAACAAUCGUUACGGUAGCAAGCCAAAGGAAGUAGAAACUCAAUCCUCGUUAGAUGACGAUUCAAAGUAUCCAACAGCGCGGUCUAGGUACUUGGCCAUGAAAGAACGUCGUAAUCGCCUUGCACGAAGCAAAAGUAGCCACACGGGCUUCGGUGCUGGCGACGAUGACGACUUAGAUGAUCCCGUAUCUCCAACGACGGCGUCACCAUCCGCAUACCUAGCGGCUCGAUACGGCUCCGGCACAGGAGGUUCGGAGUUGUCUCGUAGCCGAUCUUCUCACGCACUUAAAUCAAGAGAAAGCUCGCCCGAACGUCCAGUGUCUGGAGAGAAGGACGGAGCUGCAUUGAGUUCGUGGGCCAGAUACUUGAAAAACAAGUACGGCUCCCGUGGAAAAGAGCGUGAUUCUGGUGGUACAACUUCGAGUACAUCGCGUCGCCUGUCUCUCGGGCUACCUUUGCGCUCAGCUAAUGAGCUUGCCAGUUCUGAUGACGAUUCAAAAAACGCGGCAGGCUCCCCCAUCUCCCCUACGGCGGCUACAGCAGCGGUAGCAGGUUUCGCAGCAGCAGGUUCCUCCCCUAGGAGCCAGUAUCUGCAGAAACGCCGAUUACAAUUCAGCGUGGGGAGUCGGGGGAGCGAACCCGGUUAUUUUACAUGGCCUCGUGGCAUCGCUGUAGGACCUGACAACACAAUGGUCGUGGCCGAUUCGUCUAAUCAUCGAGUCCAGGUGUUCGACUCAAACGGUAUCUUCGUGAAGGAGUUCGGACAGUACGGCAGCGGGGAGGGAGAAUUCGACUGCCUCGCCGGCGUCGCCGUCAACCGAAUUGGACAGUACAUCAUCGCCGAUCGAUACAACCAUCGCAUACAGGUGUUCGACCCGGCCGGUCGCUUCCUGCGCUCAUUCGGCAGUCAGGGCACCGGCGACGGCAAGUUCAACUACCCCUGGGGCAUCACCACUGACGCCCUCGGCUUUAUCUACGUCUGCGACAAGGAGAACCAUAGAGUACAGGUGUUCCAAUCAGACGGCACGUUCGUGGGCAAGUUCGGCUCGUUCGGCUCGAAGCUUGGGCAGCUGGAGCACCCCCACUACAUCGCCGUGUCCAGCACCAACCGCGUCAUCGUCUCCGACUCCAACAACCACAGGGUCCAGGUGUUCGAUGUUAAUGGGCGAGUGCUGUCCAGCUUCGGAGAGGAGGGCUCGGAGGAUGGACAGUUUAAGUUCCCGAGGGGUGUAGCGGUGGACGACCAGGGUUACAUCGUGGUCGCGGACUCCGGUAACAACAGGAUCCAGAUCUUCCAUCCUGAUGGAUCCUUCCUCCGCGCCUUCGGCUCGUGGGGCUCCGGAGACGGAGAGUUCAAGGGGCUGGAGGGCAUCGCUGUCAUGUCUGGAGGGAACAUCAUCGUCUGCGACCGGGAGAAUCACCGAGUCCAGGUGUUUUGAUGAUUUGUACGGCAGUCACACACACACUCAGUAUGCAUAAGGUGAAGCCGAAGUCCGCAAAGGAAAUGCAAUUUUUGUUGUUAUGUCACUUUUCAUUACGUUUAUAUUUUAGUUAUUUACUUACGCAUUUAUGUUUGUCAUUGCUCAUGGUCAUUAGAAUGUCGCUGAUCUUGCUAUAUACAUAUUUAUUCGAACAGUAUAUCUACAAUCCCAUGGCAGGACAGAGAGAAUGUCCUUUGACCCAUCGUCUCUUGUCUCUUUUACUCACAAACGAAAUAUUAUACGCGUAAGAAAGAGGCAGAUAGAUAAAGGGCAAUGGAAACUCUCUCCAUCCGGCCACAAGACUUAUUAAAUUUAGUACAAGAUCUCAGUUAUUUGCUUAACUGCAUACCAAAGGAUCACCGGGGAAAUGUUACCCUAAGUUAUAUCAUGUUGUCUCUUUCGCUCUCGAGUGAAAGAAAUAGCCCAAUAUUUAACCAUGGGUUAACUUUAAUCUGUGCAUAUAUAGUUUUAAUUGAGCAUUUAAACCUCUGCUUGAUUUGCAUAAUAAAUAACAGAUAUAUAACCAUAUAUACAGAUACAGUUAGGUACAGCCUUAACAAUUUUGUACGAUCUAGUCAUUUAUAUAUCUUUAAUUUUAAGUGUUUGAAUAUUCAUAUUGAGUUUUGAUGAGGAGAACAUCGUAUAAACUUUUUAAUAACAUGCAGGUUCUGACAUGGUGGCC